CUGUCAUCGUUGUGAUGACUAAAACCAAAAGAAGAAUAUCAACCCUAUGUACAAUACGAAAGAACAACGAUAACGAAACAAGAAAGAGAGUCGGAGCCAACAAUUUUUAUAAAUUACAAAGGAAAAAGGCAAUACAUUACUAUACUCUUAAGUUGUGUGUGUGCUUUAAGCAAGUGUAGAACGCGUGCAAGGAAGGCAGACCACAAGACACACACACACAAACAAAUUCGUUUAGAUGAUGAGCAGCAGAACGGACUCUGAUGGCUCCUCCAUACGUUUCAGCGAUCACACUCUGGACAAAGCGACCAAGGCCAAGGUGACGUUAGAAAACUACUACAGCAAUUUAGUGACACAAUAUGGUGAGCGCAAACAACGUCAGGCUAAAUUGGAAGCACAGCUGAAGGACGAAAGUCUGACGGAAUCGCAGAGACAGGAGAAACGCUUACAGCAUGCGCAAAAGGAGACGGAAUAUUUACGCCUCAAGCGAUUACGUUUGGGAGUCGAGGACUUUGAGGCAUUGAAAGUGAUUGGACGCGGUGCCUUUGGCGAGGUACGUUUGGUGCAAAAAAAGGACACAGGACAUGUGUACGCAAUGAAGGUGCUGCGCAAAGCAGACAUGCUGGAAAAGGAGCAAGUUGCCCACGUACGUGCCGAACGUGAUGUGCUUGUCGAGGCCGAUCACCAAUGGGUGGUCAAGAUGUAUUACAGUUUUCAGGACCAGGUGAACUUAUAUUUGAUAAUGGAAUUCUUGCCUGGUGGUGAUAUGAUGACACUGUUAAUGAAAAAGGACACACUAUCGGAGGAGUGCACACAGUUCUACAUAACCGAAACAGCGUUAGCGAUUGACUCGAUACACAAGCUCGGUUUCAUACACAGAGACAUUAAGCCGGAUAACUUGCUGCUAGAUGCGCGGGGGCAUCUAAAGCUCUCAGACUUUGGCCUUUGCACUGGCCUAAAGAAGUCGCAUCGUACAGAUUUCUACCGUGACUUAUCGCAGGCGAAACCAUCGGAUUUUAUUGGAACUUGUGCCAGUCCAAUGGAUUCGAAGCGACGAGCCGAAUCCUGGAAACGAAAUCGACGCGCACUGGCAUACAGCACAGUGGGCACGCCCGAUUAUAUAGCACCCGAAGUAUUCCUGCAAACCGGUUAUGGACCAGCCUGUGAUUGGUGGUCGCUUGGCGUCAUUAUGUAUGAAAUGCUAAUGGGUUAUCCCCCGUUCUGUUCGGACAAUCCACAGGAUACGUAUCGUAAGGUCAUGAACUGGCGUGAAACUUUAAUAUUUCCGCCCGAAAUACCCAUAUCGGAAGAGGCAAAGGAGACUAUCAUAAACUUCUGUUGCGAAGCCGACCGACGCUUAGGAUCGCAACGUGGCCUCGAGGACCUAAAGUCGGUGCCGUUCUUUCGCGGCGUUGACUGGGAGCAUAUACGUGAGCGUCCUGCCGCAAUACCAGUCGAGGUGCGCUCAAUUGAUGAUACGUCCAACUUCGAUGAGUUUCCCGAUGUCUCACUAGAGAUACCAUCGGUGCCAGUGCCACAGGGUGGUGAAAUUGCUAAGGAUUGGGUCUUCAUCAACUACACGUACAAGCGCUUCGAAGUGCGAAAUUUGGAGUGAAGCUGCGCAGCUUGCCGGUUGCCACACUUUGCCACCAACCACAUACCACCAUUACCUACACCAACCACAAUCACAGCACCAUUAACGCCAGCAGCAGCAGCAGCAGAAACCACAAUUGCUAUCGCAAUCGCAGUCGUAGUCUCUCUAACACAAUCACCAAGAGCAUUAUUCAACGCUAUAAAACUUAAUUUUUCUUUUAAAUGUCUUACCUACAUGUGUAUUUAAAUACUACUAUAGCUAACAUUUGUGAUUCCAAACAAAAUAAGAAACAAAACUAAACAAAAAGAAAAGUAUAAGGAAGACCGAGCAAAGCAACAACAAAAUAUUGCAUUGGCAUUGUAAAAUAUUUUGCAAUCCCGCGUCAAAUUAAGUUAAAUGUCUAUUAAUUCACUAAUGAUCCCCACACUCCCCACUUUAAUUGGGUUUGAUUAACAGCUACCAGCUUCCCAAAUUCGUUGAGUUUAUAGUAAUCAAUUUGGCAAUUGUUUAUAAUUAUAUAUACAUAUGUUUUUUCUCCAACAUCUUUAGGCAGCAGCGAAAUUUAUUGAUAAA